UUAAAGCUGCAGGGGUUGCAUAAUGCUGGUUCGGUGAGCACUCAAGUGGGCAAGCUCAUCACUCCAGCUCUUUCACUCAGCUUUCUGCGAGUUCCCCCUAAAGAAUGGCUUCAAAAACCGCGCUCCUUCUGUCGGGUGUUCUGCUUCUGCUCACUACACAGGUUUCAUCUGCUGAUAAUGAGGAGAAACUCAUUUUGAAGGCCCCAUAUACCAAGUUCCCAACACCAGCUCCGGUGAAGGCGCCAGCUCCGGCUACAGUUCCUGUGAAGGCACCGCCUACCCCUGCUCCGGUCACCAAGAACCCACCUCCUCUGUCACCGGUCACUAAGCCGCUGCCGCCUCCACUGCCUCCUGUCACUAAGCCUCCUCCUACUCUGCCUCCGGUCACUAAGCCGCUGCCACCUCCUCUGCCACCGGUCACUAAGCCGCUGCCGCCUCCACUGCCUCCUGUCGCUAAGCCUCCUCCUACUCUGCCUCCGGUCACUAAGCCGCUGCCACCUCCUCUGCCACCGGUCACUAAGCCGCCGCCUACUCUGCCACCAGUCACGCCUCCUGCAGCUCCGCCACUGCCACCGGUCAGGUCAAAAGCAGAUUGCAUCCCUCUGUGCGAGCAGAGAUGCAAACUGCACUCGAGGAAGAGAGUGUGCAUGAGGGCUUGCACGACGUGCUGCGACCGAUGCAAGUGUGUGCCGCCGGGGACUUACGGAAACCGAGAGCGGUGUGGCAAGUGCUACACCAACAUGACCACUCACGGAAACCGUAUCAAGUGCCCGUGAAGGCGACCGCAAAUCUCAUGAUCUCCAGCAUAUCAAUCUCACCAAUGUCCUACAAUGGAACAAUGCAGAAGCUAAAUAAGUUUGGAAGAGGGUGGAAAAUUGCUGGUUCUCCAUCGUAACUACAUAUCGUGUACAAUGUCCAGGGGAGAUAUGAUGGUCUGGGAAUGAUUAGUAAUAGUAUCCAUAUAUUUGUCUGGUCUAUGUUUGGGUUCUGUAUGACUUUGUUGUGGUUCAUGUGCUUGUGAAGACAAAUGAACUGGAAAAUGAUCGUUGAGCGCUUGAAUGAAUCAGCUUGCUGCUUGCUGCUAA